AUGGUCGUCAAAAUUCGUUUAUCCCGUUUCGGGAACCGUCACCAACCCUUCUACAACAUUGUCGUGGCGCAAGCACGGUCAGCGCGAGACUCAAAGCCCCUGGAAGUUAUCGGAACCUACAGCCCCAUCCCCAAGAUACCAACCGGCCUUUCGGAAACGGAAGCCAAGAUAGCAAAACCCUUCAAAGAUAUUGCGCUUGAUAGGUCGCGGACGAAAUACUGGCUGGGUGUUGGUGCACAACCGAGUGAACCUGUGUGGAGAUUACUGAGCUUGGUUGGGCUCGUUGAACCUCGACUCGGCAAAAUGCGGACAAAAAAUACGGCGGAAAAUGCUAUACAAUAA